AUGUGGGCUAAUAGUCUUAGAAUAGUGGGCAAUACAGUCAAGCCACUUGUGUUCAGCCGUGGGGCUGCUCGUAUCACUUCUAUACACACAGUUACAUCAGCCAAAACAGAAGAGCCUAAGCGUUUUCACUCGUUGGAAUCUGCUAAUUUAAGGAAACAACUUUUAACCAGACCUGGUAUCUUGGGUGUCAAGAGAGGUAUGAUUUCAUGGUACACAGAUGAAGGUAAACAGCUAGCAGCUACCGUAGUCGAAAUUGAUCUGUGCGAGGUGCUCCAAAACAAGACAGUGGACACCGAUGGAUACUUUGCAGUGCAGUUGGGACAAGGAACCAAGUUGAAAAACGUUACUGCGCAGAUAUUAAAACAUUGUGAAAAGGCCGGAGUUUCUCCUAAGAAGCAUAUUGCUGAAUUCAGGGUACGUGACGAAUCAGGGUUGAUCCCACCAGGAGUUGAAAUAACUGCAAAUUACUUUGCUGUUGGCCAAAAGGUGGACUGCCAAUCCAUUAGUAAGGGUAAGGGAUUUGCUGGUGUGAUGAAGAGACAUAACUUCGGAGGUUUAAGAGCCACUCACGGUGUGUCCAAGGCCCAUAGAUCUGCUGGUUCAAUGGGUGCCACUCAAGAUCCAGGUAGAAUUUUGCCUGGUAAGAAGAUGGCGGGUCACAUGGGAGUGGAAAGUCGUACCAUAUUGAAUAACGAAGUAUUACAUGUGGACGGAGAAGCUGGAAUCUUAGUGAUUAAGGGACAAAUUGCUGGACCAAAUGGUUGUUUCGUGAAAAUUGCAGAUGCAAAGAGAAUUUAUGGAAAGAGUAAGGAUGGAAGUAGGUAG